AGACGCGGAUGUUCAUUUGCAAAAUAUGUCGAGAUUAUCAGUUUAUUGAAACAGAUGAUGAUUCACGAGAGAAGUUCCAAUUGCACCUGAGUGAUCUGUAACCAAAUAGUACCGCAAAUUUUGCGUAUGGUUAUCUUAGAGAUACAAUUGAAAAAACCUCAAGAGGUGUUGAAAAAUAAAAGGGAGACUUAGCUUAUCAAUGAGCAAUGUGCAUUCAAUAAACUGUCCUAGUUCUUCACUCUAUAUCUCUUAAUGUCGUCUUUUGCAACACCAACAUCUUCACAUUCUCUCUCUCAAGUGCUGGCUGCAGGUGCAAGAUUCGCACUGGCAAAAAUUUUCGAGCUAGCAGGCCCUAGACUUCUAGGAGUGGUGUCUACGUGUCGAAUUGCAGCUCUGUCUAUUUCGUUUUUCCGAGCCUAUUCGGUGCUGUUAAACUCAUUAGAUGCUAAAUGGACCAAGAAAUGGAAACAGCUUACUUCAAAUAAAGGGUUGAACCCCAAAAAAUUCACCAUCGAUGACACGGCCGACCCGUUCUAUGCCCUUGUGAUGUUCCCUUAUCCUUCGGGAAUUCUUCAUAUGGGCCAUGUGAGAGUGUAUACCAUUAGCGAUGUGAUCUCUAGGUUCAAACGACUCCAAGGAAAGCAUGUUAUACAUCCUAUGGGAUGGGAUGCCUUUGGCUUGCCGGCUGAAAACGCCGCCAUUGAAAGAAAUAUCAACCCAAGGGUAUGGACAGAAAGUAAUAUCGGUAAGAUGAAACAACAAAUGGAGUUGGUGUUGGCUGAUUUUGACUGGGAACGAGAACUUGCAACUUGCAAUCCAGACUACUAUAAGUGGACUCAAAAAGUGUUCUUAUUGUUGCAUCAGCAUGGAUUGGCAUAUAAAAAGGAAGCGGAAAUCAACUGGGAUCCAGUUGAUAAAACUGUUUUAGCUAACGAACAGGUUGACUCCAACGGAAGAUCCUGGAGAUCAGGUGCUAAGGUGGAGAAAAAGAACUUGAGCCAGUGGUUCAUAGGAAUCACUAAAUACGCUGAAGCCUUGAACGCUGACUUAGAAGUCCUCCAACAGUGGCCUGAUAAAGUCAAGGCAAUGCAGAAACACUGGAUAGGUGAAUCCCAUGGAACAGAAAUCACCAUACCAAUCAAUGAUUCUGCCUUUCCAACAGUGGAUGUGUUCACUUCCAGACCCGAUACGGUGUUCAGUAUUCAGUUUUUGGCAUUAUCUUUGAACCACCCCAUCACUCUUAAAGCGGCUGAGACCGAUAGGGAAUUGCAGCUGUUCAUAGAAUCUGCAAAGAAUGUUGAUGCUGAUUCCAAAGAUGGCUACCUUCUUAAGAACAUCAAGGCUUCAAGACCACUUGACCCGUCAGAUACUAAAUUAGAACAGUAUGAUAUGCCUGUUUAUGUUGCACCCUAUGUUCUUAAUUCUUACGGGAGUGGAGCUGUUAUGGGAUGUCCUGCUCAUGACCAAAGAGAUUUCGAGUUUUGGAAAAUCCACAAUCCCAAUGUUCAAGUGGUGGUAUCUGUGGGGCCUUCGCAGAUGAAGUCUUCUCCUAACUGGAAAAUACCUUAUUGUGGUAAGGAGGGAAUUCUUCAUGACAACUCCACCAUUUCUAAUGGAGUAAAGGAUUUGAGAAGAUAUAAGGGAAUGGAUGCAAAAACUGCUGGAGACGAAAUCACUCAUGUGCUCGAAGCCUUGGGAAUAGGUAAGAAAAAGACAAACUACAGAAUCAGAGAUUGGCUUAUAAGUAGGCAACGGUAUUGGGGUGCCCCCAUUCCUAUAGUUUAUUGUGACCACUGUGGUACUGUUCCUGUUCCCGAUUCUGAUUUGCCAGUCAGGCUACCAGACCUUCAAGGAAACGACUUUGGAAAAGGAAAUCCUUUAGAAAACUUGGAUUCUUUCGUCAGUACUACAUGCCCUUCUUGUGGUGGCCAUGCCAAGAGGGACACGGAUACUAUGGAUACAUUUAUGGAUUCAUCCUGGUAUUUCUUCCGGUACUUGGACUCCAAAAACGAACUUGAACCUUUCAAUAAGUUCAAGGUGAACAAACACUUACCUGUGGACAUGUACCUUGGAGGCAUUGAGCAUGCCAUUUUGCACUUGUUGUACACUCGUUUUAUAUCUAAGUUUCUUGGUAAUAUUGGUAUGUGGGAAGGGAAUCAACUUAAUAAUGAGCCCAUUGUUCGUUUGGUUACUCAGGGUAUGGUUCAAGGUUUGACUUUUAUUGACCCAGAUACCGGGAAGUUCCUCAAACCUGAAGAGAUAGACAAAAGUGAUCCACAGAACCCAAUGAUCAUUGCCACUGGAAAAGUACCUUUAAACUCCUAUGAGAAGAUGUCCAAGUCGAAGUACAAUGGUGUUGAUCCAGCUGAAACAGUACAGAAGUAUGGUGCUGAUGCUACUAGAGCUCAUAUUUUAUUUCAAGCACCUAUUUCAGAUUCUUUGAACUGGAACGAAGAUCAAAUCCAAGGUGUAGACAGAUGGCUUCGUCGUGUGAUUGCCUUGGAGGACAGUAUUGUGAACUACGAUGAUAGCUCCAAGAUGGGAGCUAAGAAGCAAGCAUUCAAGAAUGUGAAUCUUAAUGGUAUUGAAUAUGAAAAUAUCGAGCUCACAGAUUUGGAAGUCAGUUUAUUCAACCAAACAAAUGAAUUCAUCCAGAAAAUAGACAACUCCAUUAACGUCGAUUUGUCUUUCAAUACCGUCAUCUCGGAUCUUAUGAAGUACACCAACACUUUGACUAGUGCUAUUAAAGCCGAUGAACGCGUCAGUAAAGCCUUGCUUGUGGAUGCAUACAAAAAGCUUUUGGUCAUAAUGUCUCCCGUUACUCCAUGUGUUGCAGAAGAAUCCUGGGAAAUGCUUCUGCUUGAUUUAGGCAUCCCCUGGAAGUCAAUAAUGUUGGAAGCUUUUCCCGAAGUUCAAAAAAUUGGAUCCAUGUCUGUCAAUUAUAACAUAUUCAUUAAUGGUAAAUCCAGACUUCUGUUCAGUCAAACCAAAGACUUCCACUUGGAAGCAGAAGAAAAAAUACUAGACACCAUUUUUGAUCACAAAGUCAUCCAUAAAUUUGCAUCACGAGGCAAAAUUAAAAAGAUCAUCAAAAAAUCAGGUCUUAUAUCUCUUGUACUUCAAAAGUGACCGUCGCUUGUAAAUAGAUGUAGCAUGUAAAUAUUCAAAUAAUACAAUAAAUCAUUUA